AUGAGGUUGAAACUCAAAUCUGAUACUGGGGUUUCCACGAUACAGGCUGAUCCAGACAGAUUGUUCCAAGAUUUCCUUGCCGAUAUAAAAGCGAAUGGUAAUCUACAUACUGAUACCUCGGAAUCAAUAAGUGUGAUCAAAACCGGGUUUCCACCAAAGCCCAUUGACUUGACAUAUGAUUCGUCGACAAAGUUACAAGAUAAGCAUGUGAAGGAUGGUGAUCAAUUGAGCAUUACAUUCGUAUCAAAUAAGCGCCCGUUGUCACCGGAGCUGGAGGCAAACUCAGGUGCUGCUCUUUUGAACAAACCCGCAGUGACAACACAAGCUGCCACAAACAAGAAACGAGACUUGAAAGAAGAUAUCCCUGCUAUUUACAUAGAGCUGGAGAGCAAGUACUUGAUACUACGAAACAUUCCUGACGACAAUUCUUGUUUAUUCAAUUCAAUAUCGUACGCAAUUUCGGGACACGAUUCUUAUACGACAUUUUCGCCACCGCAGGAAUUGAGAAAGGUGGUGGUUGACUACGUAAACAGGGACCCAUUAUUGUAUUCUGAUACAGUAUUGGGUCGACCUCGGGAUGAUUAUUGCAGGUGGAUUUUGAAGAAGGAUAGUUGGGGCGGGGCAAUUGAACUAGGCAUAUUGGCCGAUUGGUUCGAUGUCAGAAUCACUUGUAUUGAUAUUGAGCUGGGAAAUUUCAUCAAAAUAGAGAAUGAAGAAAAGAAGCCUUCUAAAUUUAUGUUGUUGAUCUAUAGUGGAAUUCACUAUGACGUAUUGGCACUAUGUAACGAAGUAUCGACUAAAAAUAAGGAUCACGACGAGUGUUUGUUUGGAAUCGGUGACAGCAGAGACGAGGCAAUAGUUGAAGCUGCAGAAAAGUUGUGCAAAUUGCUACAGGAAAAGGAUUAUAGUACGAAUACCACGACAUUUAGAGUGCGCUGUUUGGAUUGCUAUCUGAUACUAGUGGGCGAGCUUGGUGCAUCGAAACAUGCUGAACAAACUGGGCAUUUAAAUUUUGGGGAAGUGAAGAAAAAGUAA